UAAAAACAUCAUAGUAGUGAUAAUAGAAAUACUAGAGGUACUGCUGAUACUGCUGCUGAUACUUGAUACUACUGCUGAUCCUAAUUCCUCGAAAUGAGCUACACAAAAUAUACCAACUGUCACUUGAUUGACAACGGCGAGAUCUACCCCAACACCGAUCUCUGGGUCGACAACGCCUCCAAAACCAUCUGUGCACCACCAGGCUCCGGCUCGGUCCGUGUGGUCGAUUUGAAAGGCCAGUACUUGGCCCCAGGCUUCAUCGACAUCCAGAACAACGGUAUCUAUGGGUUGAACUUCUCUAACUUGAACGCAGACUCCAGCGACGAAGACAUCCGUGCGUUCUACCAGUUCUACCAGGACGCUAUGACCAAGUACGUGGCCACAGGAGUCACUGCAACCUGUCCAACCGUGACCUCCAACUUCCCUGAGGUCUACGAAAAGGUGUUGCCCUUCUACAAGAAGUCCAGAGCAACUGACCACACCGACUCGCUUGGUGCACACAUUGAGGGACCCUUCAUCAACAUCCAGAAGAAGGGCUGUCACCCAGUCGAGACGUUUGUGGACGCCAAAGAUGGCGAGGCCCAGUUGAACCGCAUCUACGGAGGUGAGAAGAACCUCAUCGACAACGUGUGCAUCUUGACUGCUGCUCCCGAGAUUCCUGGCGUUUUGGACCUCAUCCCACUCGUCAAGAAAAAGAACAUCACCUUCUCGCUCGGCCACACCAUGGCUGAAUACGACACCGGGUUGAAGGCCAUUGAAAACGGUGCCUCCAUGAUCACCCACUUGUACAAUGCCAUGCCCCAACCACACCACAGAGACGCGGGAGUGGUGGGUCUCAUCAACUCGCCUGCUGCAGGUUCCAAAACCCCAUACUUCGGUUUGAUCUGUGACGGGGUUCAUGUGGACCCAUCCAUGGCAUCCAUGGCAUACAAGUCCAACCCGGACAAGUGUGUGUUGGUGACUGACGCAAUGCACUUGAUUGGAUUACCAGAUGGUACCUAUAAAUGGGACAGCCAAUACAUUGUCAAGGAAGGGUUCAAAUUGUACUUAAAGGGCACCGAUACCUUGGCCGGUGCUGCAACCACCUUACCUGCAUGUGUUAGAAACUUGAUGAAGUGGACCAAUGCCAGUUUGGCUCAAGCUGUGAAGACCGUCACCAAUAAUGCUGCAGUAUCGGUGGGUUUACAGAAGGAAAAGGGUUUCUUGAAUGAAGGGUGCGAUGCCGAUUUCGUGGUCUUAAACGGAGAAGGCUAUGUGCAAUCUGUUUACAAGUUGAACAACCCAAUUAAAUCAUCUGACCUUUCAUUGCAGCCAAACCACUCGACCAAGCUCAUGGCUGUUUUAUAGUUGCAUUUCAUUUCUCACUCAUGUAUCAUUAAUGUACGAUUACGAAUACCUA